AUGCAUCUCAUCUCUAAUAGCUUGCCGCUGCCCACCUUGGACUGGGUGCAGCGCAUGGAGCUGCAGCGCACGCUGGAGGGCCACGGCGGGUGCGUCAACACGGUUGCGUUCGACCCCGCGGGCUCAUUACUCGUCUCAGGCUCGGACGACAUGACUAUCCGCGUCUGGGACUGGGAGCAGGGCUGCCAGGUCCUGUCGUGGCAGAGCGGCCACCGCAACAACGUCUUCCAGGCUCGCUUCAUGCCGCACUCGCACAACAGCGUCCUCAUCAGCUGCGCAGCCGACGGGCAGGUGCGUGCCGCGGACUUGCCCCCCGGCGGCGGCGCGCGCACCAUCACCAGCCGCAAGCUGGCGCAGCACGACGGGCGGGCGCACCGCCUGGCGCUGGACCCGCUGAACCCGCGGUUCUGCUUCUACAGCUGUGGGGAGGACGGCGAGGUCAUGCACUUUGACCUGCGGCAGCCAGCUGCGCGCUGCCGGCAGCGACUGCUCGUCUGCCGCGGCUUCCCCGGCCCCUCCCAACGCUCUCCCACCGUCAUCGACCUCAACUGCAUCCACGUGAACCCCGCCCGCCCCGAGCUCUUCGCCGUCGGCGGCGGCGACGAGUGGGCACGCGUGUACGACCACCGCCUGACCACCAGCAGUGAAGACGGCGACCGCCCCCAGGCGGUGCGGCGGCUGCGGGAGUCGUCUGCGGCCAACGGCAGCAGUCAUGGGGCAGGCAACACCCGGGCAGGAGAGGAACAGCAGCAGCAGCAGCAGCAGCAGCAGCAGGGCAGGGAGCAGCAACAGAGGCUUCAAGAGGAGCGGGAGGAGGUUGAGCUGCAGGCGCUCCUUGGUACAGACGAAGCAGAGGACGACCUGGCGGGCAGUGAGGAGAUUGACGAUGACAACGAGGAGGAGGGGGACGAGGAGGAGGAGGGGGACGAGGAGGAGGAGGAGGAGGAGGAGGAGGAGGGGGAUGAAGGGGAGGGUUCAGAAGAGGGAGAUGAGGACGAGGAGGAGCAGCAGCAGCAGCAAGAGCAGGGCAUGGACGUUGACGCUGCGCGGCUGCUGCGGCAGCAGCGGCACGACCCUGAGGGGCGCGACGCGGACCCCGGCCAGGACUGGGUCAUCGGGGUCUACACGGGCCACCGCAACGCGCGCACCGUCAAGGGCGUGUCAUUCAUGGGCGCGGAUGACGAGUACGUCGUCAGCGGCUCCGAUGACGGCCAUGUGUACGUCUGGUCGAAGGCCACCGGCGCGCUGCUGUGGUGGGCUCAAGGCGAUGAUGAUGUCGUCAAUUGCCUCGAGCCUCACCCGUUCCUGCCCAUGACCCUGGCCACCAGCGGCAUCGACGACACCAUCAAAGUCUGGGCCCCCACCGCCCCAGAGCGCCGCCCAGUGCCUCCAGAGGCGUACCGGAUAAUGGACCGCAACCACGACGCGCGGGAGCGCGGCCCCGAGCGGACCGCGCUGCCGGUGUCGCCAGAGCUGCUGCGCCUGCUGUUCAGCCGGCGGCGCGCGGGCAACAGGUCGGGCAGCGACGGGGAGGGCGUGGGUUUAGGGGAGGGCGAGGACAGCGAGGAUGACGACGAGGGUUGCCGUGUUAGCUGA